GUCAGAAGAUUGCGUGAAUGCGCGUGCGUCUCGCCGUUACCAUAGCGAUUGGGCCUCCGGAUCGCAGAUCCCGGCUGCCUUGUCAACAUCUUUGAGAAUCCGCAGCUCCGGAAGCCGGGCAGGUAGGAAACUAUGUGAAAGAAUCUUCUGAUGUCAUAAUUUCUGGGUGUCACUGGAACAUUUGAUCAUCAUUGCUUUGGCAUUUCCAGCCUUCUAUGGAAGGUCAGUAGAAGCAGUUGAUUUAUCCACCUCUACAGGAAUCAGACUCGGCCUUUUUUGUCUAGGUUUUCAGUGAAUUAUGCCUUUUCGCUUUGGGACCCAGCCAAGGAGGUUUCCAGUUGAAGGAGGAGAUUCUUCUGUUGGACUGGAACCUGGGCUGAGCGCCAGUGCUGCCUGUAAUGGGAAAGAGACUUCACCAGCCAGUCAACUUCGAAGAUGCCCUGGAAGUCAUUGCCUGACAAUAACUGAUGUUCCCAUCACUGUCUAUGCAACAAUGCGAAAGCCACCUGCACAAAGCAGCAAGGAAAUGCAUCCUAAAUAGCAUCAUUAAGUCUUUUGUAGAGGUUUGACUAGGUCAAGGGUAAUGGGCCAGUAUCAUCUUAUGAUCUGGUAAACAAAUAAAAGUGGUGGCACCUUUGGAUGAUGACAAUAGUUGAAAUAUUUACUUUUAUAGAAGUUUAGUCAGUAAAACAUGUAGUGAUAAACAAUCAGUUAUGUUUGAUAGGUAGGGCAGAAUAAUAUUUCAUAAUUACAAAGUGCUUUAGAAGUCAUCUAGCUCUCAAUAGAUCAUUAAUAUCAAUAAAUCAAAAUGAAGCUUAAUCCUCCAUGGUUAUCAAUCAGGUGGGGCCUAUUCUACAUGCUUAAUGUGUUUUAGAUUGGUUUCUUUUGUUUAUAUUUGUGCAGCUAUUUAGCUGAAUGCUUCCAUCUGAAUGCUCCAAGCCUGUUUCAGGUUUGUAAUCUUUUGAUACUGCUUUGCUGAGGAAUAAUUAUAUUGUGAGAAAUGGAGCCCUGGAGUUUUAAGCAUGUUGGAAGAAAAUCCAAGACUAAAGAAAUUUCUUAGUCCUAUGGUUAAUCUGCAAAGCAGUUAAACUGCUUGCAUAUGGGAGCUCAGGUUGUUGGUGAAAUUUAUUGAUAAUGAGGUCAAAUCUGUGGUUCUAAUCUCUAAAUCUUCAGGAAAAAUGAUGUCCCAUUAUUACACUGUACCCCAAGUUCUAGUCAGUCAUCUUGAAAUUGUCUAUAAUUGAUUGGAAAACCUCAGAUGGAUUUUUAAAUUUGCUUAGAUUUAGGAUCAAUUUUGAGGUUCUAGGCUAGCUUUCUGUUUGUUUUCUUUUUGUGAUAGUCCCCAGAAAUUUGGUCUACUUUCAUCUCCUCUUGGUGGCUGCCACCAUCAAUCCCAUUAAAUUGACUUCUCCAGAAGUCUGGCUGUAGGAUCAGAUACAAUUCUUCUGGUUCCUUACUUCUGAUUUGAAAAGGCUCUUCAAUGACAUCUAGCCCAAAGUAUAUGCGAGGCUUGAAUUUCCAUUCCAAUAUUUCCACCAAAUGGUCAUCCAAUCUUAAACCUUGGUGAUCCUGAAGAUACACUUAUAAUCCUCUUUUUAAUGGAAAGUUAAUUAGCUAAUAACUAUGUGGACAUAAACACAUGGUAAUAGAAAUAACACAUGUAGAGAAAUCACAAAGAUUCCAGAAUCUCACAAAGUUCUUAUCAGUUGUAUCUGGUUUAUAGUUUCAGACUCUUUUGCCAAUAUGGUGACUAAAGCCCCUUUUGGGAUUCUACCUUCUGCAUUUAUUACUAAAGGUGAGACUAACAAAAACUUGUCAGAUCUGACCUUGCCAUCUGUCCCUAUCAGAAGAGCAGCCACCAUAAAGCAGUCUCUUCCUAGCUCUUACCAACCAAGGAAGAACGAAAGUUGUCCACUAAUCUCAUUUGGGAUAUUAUCCUUGAGGAGCCCAAGACAAUAUUUAUCCAUUCCUCUUGGACUCUGACCUUCUAAUGAAUAAUUGUUUCUCUUUAGGACAUUUCUUUACUGUUGGUCAAAAAAGAGAAUUGUGUAAAAUCGUGUUUUUGAAUGAACAUUAAUCAUUUACAUGUCUUAGAAAGGGAGUUCAGAUCCCUCACCCAGGGAUUUUCCAUAAGUUAUGAUCAUCCAAAUUUGAGUGUACAAAGAUCAUUAAGCAACCAAACAUAUACACCAUGAAGAAAGAACAAUUUAUUUUAUAGGAAUCCCAAGGAUUCCAAAUCUUAAGCAUAUUUAAAUGACCAGAACAUAAUAAAAAUUAAUGAUGUUUAAAGAAAUAAAAGAUGAAAACAUAAAAAUAAGCAAGUACUAAGAGAACAUAAAAAAUAACCAGGCAGAAGAAACUGGCAUUGUACUUUCCUUUCUGCCAUAAACAAUUAGAAAAUUGAAUAAAAUACUAUGAAGCAACUUUUUGUAGACAUUUAGUGCAGAGUUGUGACUACUGAGAGAAAAGGAACAAAUGAGGUGAGCCCUAUGAUGGAGCUGAUUUUCCAGGCACAGCACAGGGAGUUAACCAAAGAGGGUAUAUUAGUCUCAGUAAGCUAUGGAGACAGAUCAGAGUUAGAGGAGGCUGAGGUGGAUGGAAUUUGUAAGCAGAGUAAAGAAGAGGGAGAUACAUAAAGAAAUAACCAUUAAAAUCUGCAAGAGAGCCUCUUUGGUUUUUUGCUAAAUAUUAAGCUAUGCAGGUGUACUCCUUUGGGCAGUAACGAAAAACUGCUAGGGAGUUGUAAGCUGAAAAAUUCCCACAGCUCACACAGAGCUGGGAGAUAUUUGAGUUCCAACCAGCCAGAAUGGAAAUACAUCACUGAACAUGUGGGCAUUGAGUAGUGAUCUCAGAAAAGUCACACUUUAAUAGUAGGACUAAACUAGCACCAGACUAAAGGCUAAUCUUUAACAAAGCCUUAAAAGAAGGCCUUGAGAGAAUCAAGGUGAUCUCUCAGUAACUUAAUUACUUAAUUUCCUGCCAAAUAAAAAUUUAACACUCCCUAAAGGAAGAAAAGAAAAUCCAGACAGGAAAUUGCCCAAGACUAAGGAAAGGAGUGGAAAAAAAAGUUCUCAGUGCUUAUACAAGCCUGGGAAUAGUUUAUGUUUCAACUAGCCAGAGUGGAUGGAUCUUUUAAUACAUGGGACAUUGAACAGAGAACUCAGUAUGAUACUUCCUCAGUGGAAGUGGGUGGGUGGGUGAGGUGGUUAUGGAAUUACCCUUAGGCUCUGGACCUGCCCUAAUAAAGCCUAAAAGCGAGACUUUAAAGGGUCAAACUGAUUCUAACUAACAAAACUAUCCAGGAAUAAAAAUCUCAAAAUUAAAAAAACAACUACAAUAAAAUUAAGCACCAAAAGUGAAUCAAGAACACUAGGCAUGCAAAAAAGAAGGAAAGUGCAGUCCUUCAGGAGAAUCAUCAGUCAAUAGAAACAGACCUAGAAAUGAUAGACAGUGGUAACAGACAAGGUAGUAUAAAUACACUCAUAUAUGUUCAAGAAAUAUAUGAAAGCUUGAUCAUGACGGUGAGAGAAGUAGAAGUUAUAAAGACCUAAAUUGAACAUUUAGAGAUGAAAAAUAGAAUAUUUGAAAUAAGAAAUACACUUGAUGCCAUUAAGAGCAGAUUAGACACUAGAGAAGAAAAGGUUAAUGAACUUGAAGAUCAUUGCAAUAAAAAUUACCCAAAAUGAAAUACUAAGACUGAAAAAAAAAAAAAAAACCCAGCAUAAAUUCUGUGUUUCAAUAUAUGGAUUUCCAGAAGGAAGAGGGAGAUGGACAGAAAAAUAUUUGAAGAAAUUACAGGAAAAUUUUUUUUCCAAAUUUGUAGAAAACUAUAAGUGUAUAGAUCCAACACGCUUAACCUACCCAAGGAGAACAAACAUAAGACAAUUUAAAGACACAUCAUUAUUAAAUUGUCAAAAACCAAAGAUAAAGAGAAAAUAAUAAAAAUUGCCAAAGUAAAAGAACACUCUCAUUUUCCUGAACAAUGAUAAGAAGAACAAAUGAAAAGGAACAAUAAUAAGAAUGACAGAACACUUCUCUUCAGAAACUAAGCCAGCAAGACGGCAAUGAAGCAACAUUUAAAAAUGAAGUUAGGACUUUUUCCAGAUAAAAUAUGAGAUAAUUCAUUUCCAGCAUAUCUGUUAAAGAAAGUUCUUUAUUAAAACAGGAAGAAAGAAAAUGAUACUAGAUGGAAAUUUGGAUCUGAACAAAGAGAUAAAGAGCACCAGGAAUGGAUAAUAUGCAGAUAAAUGUAAAAGACUUUUUCUCUUUUUCAAACAUUUAUUUUAACAGGUAACUAUUUAAAGCAAAAAGUAUUGUGCUGCUUCUUAGCUGAAAUGUCAUACAAUGUAUGACAACAAUAGCAAUAAAGGAGGAAAAUGGAAGUGUACUAGACUUUACAAAUUUGUAUUAUAGUAUUUGAAGGUAGACUAUGAUAAGGCAAAGAUGUUAAUUGUGGACUUUAGAGCAAUCUCUAAAAAACAAAACAAUACCAGAGUUAGACCUAAUACACCAAGAAUGGAUUUAAAAUGGAAUAAAUAUUACUCAAUCCAAAGGAAGGCAGGAAGAUAGGAUAAAAGGAAUCAGUACAUCAAGAGAAUGCAACCUUAAAUAUAUGCAGAGCUUCAAAUAUAUGAAGCAAAACCUGAUCAAAUAGAAAUGAGAAAUAUACACAUCCAUAUUUAUAGUGGAAGAUUUCAACAUCUGUCAACAAUUGAUGGAACAAAUAGACAGAAAAUCAGUAAGGCUAUAGAAGACAUAAGUAACAGGAUCAAUAAAUCUUAUUUAAUUGACAUAGAGCACUCCACCCAAUAAUGGCAGAAUACUGCACAUUCUUUUCAAAUGCACAUGGAAAAUUUAUCAAGAUAGACCAUAUAGCAGACCAUAAAACAAGUCUCAGUUAAUUGAAAAAUAUUUGAAGUAUAUAUAAUAUGCAAAGUAUGUUCCACAAUAUAAUUAAAUUAGAAAUCAAUAGCAGAAAACAUCUGGAAAAUCCCCAAAUAUUGGAAACCUAAAUAACACAUUCUCAAAUCCAUGUAUAAAAGAAGAAAUCACAGGAGAAAUUAGAAAUUAUUUUGAACUGAAUGGAAAUGAAAACACAUCAAUAUGCAUGGGAUGCAGCUCAAGCUGUGCUUAGAGAAAAUUAAAUCAUUAAAUGCUUUCUUAGAAAAGAAGAAAGGUCUCAAGUCAGUGAUCUAAAUGUCCACCUUAAGUAAGCAAAAAUGAACAAAUUAAACACCAAAUAAGUAGGAAGAAGGAAACAAUAAAGAUGAGAACAGAAAAGUGAAAAGGCAGACAAAGAAGAGAAAAAUCAGUGGUAAACCUCUAGGCAGAAUUAUCAGGAGAAAAAGAAGAUAUAAAUUACCAAUAUCAGGAAUGAGAGUGGGGACAUCACUACAGAUCUUAAAGACAUUAAAAAGGAUAAACAAUAAGAGUUUUCCACCAGUAUGAUUCUUGAAUCUUCUAAGUCUUCCACCUUGAAUAAAUGUUUUCCCACUUUCUUUACAUUUCUGGGUACGAACUCUCUGUAAUGGAGUUCUCAGUAAGAUAUUAGGUCAAUCCAGGGGUUUCAUGCUUUUAUAACCUUCUUCCAAAUUGACAGCAAUUAAUUAGCAUGCUUUAGACAUGGUCAUUUGAUAACUGUAAGCUUUGCUGAAGUUGCUGAUUUAACUCACUGUAAACUGAUGAACUGGCUGGGCUGGUGAGGGACUCGAUUCUGAGCAGCACCAUCACUAAGCUUUGGGUGUUUCUUGAGGGAUUCAACACCAUCUUCAGGAUGGUAGUGUCACAUUGCAUUCCUUUUAUGUGUGUUCCUCUCUGUCCCAUGCUUUGGAAGAUCACAAUUUCUUCUACCCUCUGCCUGCCCCAUCCUCCCCAGAGCAGUGUUGCAAUUGUGAAGUGUUCUCUGGUGGUGUGAAAUUUAUAAACCGAGUGGCCUUAUCCAUGGUAGCCUUGAAAGGUUGCUUAUUUUCUCUAAAGGGGCUGUGUCAUUUUCCCCCAGUGUUCUUCCCAGCCCCUCAGGCAAGUCAGAGAUCCUUGGUGCUCAGUGGAACCCAAAUGAAGAAAUAAAUGUUUGUUUAUCCUUUCCUCAAACUUCCAGAUUGCCUUGGGACCCGUCUCCCUCAGUUUUAGGGAAGAAAAGCAGUGGAGCCCUUACAGGGAGGUGAGGUGAGGGGAUAACCUAUAUGGAAACUCUGCUUCCCCCAAAUUCAGUAAACAACUAUUUAUUGAACAUACAUUUAUGUGCCAGGCACUGUUCUAGGUUCUUGGAAUACAUCAGCAAAAACACAGACAAAAAUUUGUGGAGUUUGUAUUCUGGGCAGUGCCUCCUUUUGUUGCCUUUCUAAUCUCUUUGUAUGUGGGUGUGUGGUGGGGGUGGGCAUUGUGGUAUGACAGUGCUGGUUGUAUUGAAAUGGUCUCUUUCAGCCAGUCCUGAGGAGGAAGGGAUUGGCUCUACAGUUCAAAGUUUGGUGAACUUUAAAUGUGGUGCAUUUGCUGCUUUAUGUUCCCAGUUAAGGCUUUAGUCACCAAUUUAGGGAAACAGGAACAACUCUACUGACACCUUAUACUACCAUGUUACAUUCAAGGAAAUGGGGGUGGUGGUGGUGUAGAGAACAAAUGUCUCUACAACACCAUGUCAAAACCCCAAUGUCUUUUGAGACCCUUGCUGUAAACUCUUUGGGCUGAGAACCGAGGUGGUUUUUACUGGACAAAAGGUGGGUGGACGUAUUUCUUUGGUCUACAGAAUGGACAAUGCCAAGAGUUUUUAUUUUUCCCCAUUUCUUUAAGUUUGUCUUUAAAUUUGUUUGUGUUAAGCACUAAAACCCAUAUUUCCAGAUACUGCAGGCUCUUUUUGGCUUCAGCUUCAAUUGCUAAAUGCCUGAUUCUCUAUUUCCCAAUAAAAUUUUUAAGAGAAAAUA